ACCAGGAGGAAGACGACGACAAGUGCAAGAGUGGACGCUGACACUGACAUUUGGGCCCCAAACAUGGACACAACUAGGAGUUUUUUUUUUCAGGGAGUGGGUCGGCUAACUCAGUGGCAAUGCUUGACGACCCUGACAGGAAGUUGAUUUAUCCAGGACCUGGAAAUUCUGUUACUUUUUAAUGUGUCUUUCAAUGUAACAACACUGUUGAAUGACUGUUGCCCCUGAGGUGUUUCAGCUUUGCCACUGGUGACAUGAGGACAAAGAGUAGAGCUGGGAUAUUCUGAAUGAGGAGCCAGAGGGGGGAUUUUUAAAAUUUGAGACAUCAAGGAAUCAUCAAGAUGCUGCAGCUGGAGCAGCUACUGAGGAAUUCACCCCCUCCUCUUGCCAGGAAGCCAGCACUUCAACACCGCCCUCAGCAGCAUGGACUACUGUACACCCCAGCCAACACGUCGCCACAACCCAGUGGACAGCAUCUGCCGCAAACUGCAAACCAUUCAGUGGCGUGGUGACCGAGAGCCCAAUUCACCGUUCCAGAUUCCCAAGCUCUCCUCCAGCAGUUACGACAGCCCCCAGUGUGGUCUGAGGCACAACCUGGAAGCCAUCCUGAAGAAAGGGGCUCUCCGCAAAGACAAGGACAACCAGGAGAAGGAGAACACAAGAGGGAUGGGGAUGCCCAGCUCUGCAGCUUCACAGAAGAGCAACAUGGGUCCCUCCUCCACUCCCCUUUCCACUCCUUGCACCCCAGGCUACAACCUGUCUACACCAGCCAACAUCACAUACACCAUCACUAGUACACUGGGAGACAGGAGGGGAGCUGAUGGAAGUGAUUUAAAACAAGUUAAAUCUUGGCAAAGAUAUUGUUCAACACCCUCAGGCAAUUCCAGUGACUCCCCUUAUUUUACAUUUACACGUGGACCCCAGUCUGAGAAGCCAGAGAAUGAGAGACCAAGCAGGAGCCCACCACUGUCUCGUACCUUCACACCUGGUCACAGCACUCUGUCCUACAACCUGAACUUCAGCUCUGUGGACAACGGGAACUCAACAAAGUGUGAGCUUCCCUACCCAGCGCUGGUUGUCAAAAGACUGUCCAUGUGCGAUGGAGGAACCUCAUUGACAUCAGAAAACAGAAGGGGGAAUAUGGCAGAAAUCAGUCUCAUCUGUGAGGAGAAUUUGCUUGAUACGAUCUUCCAUGCCUGUGACACCCAGCGCCGAGGUAAAGUGUACGUGUCUCACAUCGUCGAUUACCUGCGACACACCACAAGUCGCGAUUCAGAAGACAGAGGACUGGAGGAGCUUUGCAAUAUGCUCGACCCAGAGCAUAAAGAUGUCUCCAUUGAUCUUGACACGUACCACGCUGUGAUGAGGGAGUGGAUUGACGACUGCCGCAACAAUGAAGACGAGUCUGCAGAGGAAGCCACCCAGGAAGACUCAGUCAAGUUCAGAGACAGCCUCUCUGCCAAGCGGUCCAUGCUCCUCAAUAUGACCUCAGGAAGCUUGGAGGCCUUCGGAGGAGAGGCAUCCAGAGCAGAAUUUGAGACGUCAGAACUCGUGUACUGUGUUGCCGACCUCCAGAUGAGCAACCAAAAGCUGCAGGAGGAGGUGAGAAAGCUGAAACAGGUGGUGGAGAGUAUGGAGGACAGCAACCAAAGGCUGGCAGAAGAGAAUGAGGAGCUGCAGAACCAGACCCGGGUAAAUCAGCAGCUAGCCCAGAAAGAGAAGAUGCUGAAGGAUGAGGUGGAGGAGAUGAAGGCCAUGCUGAGCUGUACGGAGGACAACAGAGCUCGUGCCUCUGCACACAGCAAACAUGUGGAGAGAGAGAACCAGACUCUCAUUGCCAAGAUUGCUUCUCUUCAGGAAGAGAAUUUUAAGGUCACCAUGGAGAUGGAUGAGCUUCAGAGGAGAAUAGCAGAGCUGUGUGACAUUAACGCUGACCUUCAGGUGCAAAUUGACUCCUUUGACAGCAUCAUACAUGAAAAGGAAGCUGCAAUACUAGAGAAGAACAGACAGAUAAAUGAGAUGAAGGUUACAGUGGAAGAAUACUCCUCCAUCACAGAGCUGCUGAGGGCAGACAAAAGCAAACUGGAGAACCAGAUACAAAUGAUGCACCCAGACCUAGUCAGUGCUGGUCUGUCCCUGUCUGUGGCCUACAGGUUGAACCAGAGCAGCUCUGGAUCCUUACAGACAGAACUGGCUUUGGCACAGUCACCACUGGAGGUCAGCACCCCCCUACUCAAGACGCCUCAUGGUGUUGAUCAUUUGUCCACCACUAUGAGCUUUGCCUCUCCACUGGAUGAGACGCUGGACAGGGAGGUGCUACUGAUGCUGCAGGGACCCAGUCCUGAACACAUGGCACUGGAGUUCAAGAACAUCUUAAACAAAAUGAAAAGGAAUUUCAGAGAAGAGGCGGAGUCAGUCUUGUUCACAGUUCGAGGCUUGUUGGAUGACCCCACACAGCCAGGGGGCAACACAGACACAAGGCUUCAGACGGUGCAAAGUGAGCUGGAUGCGAGGAGGGCUGACUGGGCCCUAAGCCUGGACCAGCUUGCCCAGUACACAGACUCACUGGAAAAGGAGCUGAUCAAAAUGGCCAGUAAUAUGAGGAGGUCCCGCACCGAGAUCCUGCAUCUUUCAGUCAGGGUGCAGGAGCAGGAGAACCAGAAGCGGCAGCUGUGUGAGGAGCUAGAGCAGCUCAGGACUCCUCAGGACAGUAGAGAGGCCUCGUGUCAGACGCCUACACCAGACGAGGAGCCUGGAGAAGACUUGGACUGGGAUGAGGAAUUCGCUCUCCAAGACUUCUUGAAGAACGAGAUAGCGGAAAAUUAUUGCAGAGUAAAAGAGGCACGAGUAAACAGCAAAUCUGAGGAGACAGCAGAUAAAUUAACAGACAGAGGUGAAGAGGAGGACGGGGAGGAGAAGUGGAUGGUGGUGGAUCCAGCAGGAGAGGGAGAAGUGAAGGAGAAGUCCAUUCCUCUCUGUACAGAGGCUGCACCUGGGCAGGGCACAGUGGACAAGGGUCAAGAAUCUGAUGCCUGCACUGAGUCUGAGCCACAGCUGACCUAUAAACCUUUGCAGGAAGAGGCAGCAGUGCCACUGAGCGCCCACUCACAAGCUGUCAGCAUUAGACACCCAGAGGCGGAUGCUCUGCCUGAUCCGUCCCACUCAGAGAACAACAGUACAGGGGUUCUCGAGGAAGGUGAUUUAUCCCAGCUGAACAACUCGCAUGAACAAGACCAAAACAUCACACCUGGUAGCACUCCUCCUACAGCAGCGGAGAUGGUUCCUCAUGGAAGCACAUCGCCCGGACCAGAUGAAGCAAUUACCCAAAGCAAGAGCCUUCCGCCAGUGAGUGACGACCCCAGGGGCGAAGGACCGAAAGACGACGAGGCUGGGACGUGCACCGGAGACAUGAAGCGCACAAAGAGCCUGAGCCAGGAGCAGUCGGCAGACAGAUCAGCAGCUGAGGACAGCACGAGUCUGUUACCGAUCCUGGUGGAAGAGGAGGAGAGUGUGCAGGACAGUACAGCAGAUGCUUCAAUAGUGGCACCUAGCAUGACAGCGACAGACCGGUUCACCAGCAGCAGAGUGGCCACCGUCUCUGAAAGCAGCUCUCCUCUGUCAGCUACUGGUCUGCCCUUUACACAAACCAGCCAAUCAGGAAGCACCGCAGGCAGUGUCACCUCUGACCCCAGCCAGUUGGAGGACGUUACUUCAGCUGCCAAAAAGGACUCCCUCCCCUUGCAUGGCAAAAAUAAAAAGGAACUGGAGCUGUCACGCAGCAUGGAGGCCACUGAAGAGCACAAGAUUCAGGAACAGGAAAGUCAGACCAGCACAGCCACUGAGAAAGAAUCUGAGACAUUACUGAUCUCUGACACUGGUGACACCUACAGAGAGGACAGGAACAGCGUAUCACCCAAUGACAAGGAGAUUGAGGCAGAGUUUCAGCGUCUGGCACUGGGUUUCAAGUGUGACAUGUUCACUCUGGAAAAGAGGCUCCGCCUGGAGGAAAGGUCUCGAGACCUGGCCGAAGAGAAUGUACGAAGGGAGGUGUCCAGCUGCCAGGGCUUAUUGCAGGCUCUGACUCCUCUGUGUGAAGAUGAUAACCAGUCCAUGGAGAUCAUCCAGAGGCUCCAGAAGAACCUGGAUAUCCUCAUCCAGUCCAUGACCAGAGUGUCCAGUCGCUCUGAGAUGUUAGGAGCGAUUCAUCAGGAGAGUCGUAUAGGUAAAGCAGUGGAGGUGAUGAUUCAGCAUGUGGAGAACUUGAGGCGUAUGUACACUAAGGAGCAUGCAGAGCUGCUGGAACUGCGAGAGACGCUUAUGCAGAACGAACGGUCUUUUGGAUCGCAGACUGAAAGAGAUGAUUUUCGUGGCAAGAAACCGUCAUCGUCACAAUACUACAAGUCAUCAACCCGACGGGUCAGCAUAGCGGCAAUCCCUCGCACAGGAGGAGGAAAUAUGCACUUCGACAUGGCCAAAGCACAAGACGGUUCAGAGACUGAAAGUGACAGACUGACCAGGCGAUCUCCAUGGAAUGUGGCAGGAAAGAACAUGGCUCGGCCCCCACUUAAACGCUUUGUUAGCUCUGCUGCCUGGGUUGACACUGAAGAGCCUUCUCUCAUGAUGAAGGGGACAUCCAGCAACAGCACCGACUGCCAGCCGGAGGACGAGCAGAAGGAGGAACCGGUGGCAGAGAGGAGGAGGUCCAGUCUCAGUGAACUGGGCAAUAAACUCACCUCCCUCAUUCUGCCCAACAAGACUCCAAGCCCCUCUUCCAGCCCUACAACUACAAACCCAGGAGUGGCCCAGUCUCUGUCCCAUGGCCUGACCUCCUCGAGGGCAGCGGCGGCUGCAGCAGUGGCCAGGAGUGGCAGAGGGCUCUGGCUUUGGUUGGCAAUGCUGGUGUUACUAGCAGGUCUCUUGGCACUUCUGGCCAGCCUGGUGAUGCAACCUGCAGUAGAUGCUGCACCUGUUGGGACUGGGGACUCCUGGAUGACCAUCCAGCAGCUGCUGUGGCCCUACACAGGGCUCCGGCACAAUGGACAACCCCCGGUCUGACCUGGACUGAAUAGUGCUACUGCCCAUCAGCCCUUUGUUUGUGCUGGAGGAGGUGUUGAAGACAGCAGUGCACCACUCUUGAACAGGGGCUGUACAGACAUUUACUGGUGCCUGAUUACUUAACAGACUCAUUUACAGCACAGGCCUGGCCUCAGGGGAUCGGUAACCCUGUGGAGGAUUUUAUGCAUCACAUCACGUUUGCUAAAUUAGUUAGUUUGUAUGUAUGCGUUUGUAUGUGUUUAAGAAAGGAAGCAAUUAAGGGUGACCACAGAUAUUAUGUUUUACAGUUGAGUGUGCUGCUGGUAACUUCUCAGACCUUGUGUGGUCUAUAAAAACCAAGUUUCAUGCAUUACCAGAGCUUUGACACAUAUUUGACCAAUCAUGUCACAACUUCAUCAGAACGAUUGCACUGAUUCUACAGUUCACAUAAUGGACGGCAGUGGGCAGUUUUCCAUUGACAAACAUCAUGGACAAUGGCUCAGAUUGUGCCAACACGGCUUUUUUAAACACAUUUCAUGAACUUUGGACACAUAGGACUGUCAUAAUUUAUAUUGGAAUUUUCCUGUCAUUUCCUUGUCGGUUACAAAAAUUUUUUAUAAUUUUUAAGUCUUUAAACACUGGUAAUAAAGCAUUCAUUUUAAAUGUUUUUAAAAUUUAUAUACAUGUAUUAGUUUUGAGUGGAGAGAUGUGAAUGUUUAUUUUUGUUAAAUUAUAAUUCUAUAUUGUUCCAGUCUUAACACCAAAGGUUUUUUUUUUUUUUUUAUUAUUUUCCUCAUUGAGCUCUUGCUGUGGUUGUCACCGUUUCAACUUCAUACACUUUUGUAUGUUCCAAAGAUGAUGCGUGAAACUUUGCACAAAUAAAGUAGCCAGUUCUACAACA